ACACUCACUGUGGUGACGUUUUCCAAGAUCGUGCCGUGUAAAGAUCUCAGAAAAAUCGACAGAAAAAGGAAAAACAAUACUUUUCUACAAAUAUUUUGUGUGUUGAACGUAAAUAUUGAUUAUGUGGACUGUAAUAACGCGUCUCAUUGCAAUUUAGUUAGUUUUUUGAUGAGAUAGAAAAGGAAUAACAUCUCAUCAUGAUCACGACAGCUUCAUUAUUCGUUUGCGCAUUAUCGCUUUUGACAUGUGUAAAAGCGUUUUAUUUACCCGGCUUAGCCCCGGUAAAUUACUGCAGUAAAACCGGCGAGGAUAACGCAAACACUUGCAAAAACGAAAUCCCAUUGUAUGUGAACAGAUUAAACACAGAAGAGUCAGUGAUACCAUUUGAAUAUCACCACUUUGAUUUCUGCACAACAGAUGAAACUCAAUCUCCAGUCGAGAAUCUUGGUCAAGUUGUGUUCGGGGAGCGAAUUAGGCCAAGUCCGUACAAGCUGAACUUUAUGGAAAAUGUGGAUUGUGCAGCUGUGUGUACGAAAACAUACAAGGGAUCGAACCCUGAGUCGCUAAAGAAGUUGAACCUGUUGAAGAUGGGAAUGGCGCUGUAUUAUCAGCAUCACUGGAUCCUGGACAAUAUGCCGGUGACCUGGUGCUACUUGGUGGACAAGGAGAAGACUUACUGCAGCACUGGAUUCCCUAUGGGCUGCCAAGUCAGGAGGGAUUUGGACACAUGCACACCGAUCGUAGCCACUAAUCAGGCCCCGGUCGGCGCUUACUUCCUGUUCAACCACGUGGACAUCGAGAUAACGUACCACAGCGGCGCCGAGGAGGAGUGGGGUGUCGGCUUCGGCGAGAAUGGCGGCAGGAUUAUCUCGGCUAAGAUCAAACCAGCCAGCAUCCGGCACACGAACACCGAAAAGCUAGACUGCAACGCUCGAACUCCCCUCGAAAUACCCAACAUGCUCACCGGAGACGAGACCUUCUCAAUCACCUACUCCUACCGCGUCACCUUCCAUCGGAACAACACCAUCAAAUGGUCAUCCCGAUGGGACUACAUCCUCGAAUCCAUGCCGCAUACUAAUAUACAGUGGUUCUCCAUUUUGAACUCGCUGGUUAUAGUCCUGUUCCUUAGUGGAAUGGUUGCUAUGAUAUUGCUGAGGACACUUCAUAAGGAUAUCGCGAGAUAUAAUCAGAUGGAGUGUGGAGAGGAUGCUCAGGAAGAGUUUGGUUGGAAACUGGUGCACGGAGAUGUGUUCCGGCCGCCGCGGCGGGGUAUGCUGCUGGCUGUCUUCCUGGGAUCCGGGGCACAGGUAUUCGGCAUGACCCUGGUGACCCUCGCGUUCGCGUGCCUCGGUUUCCUGUCGCCCGCCAACCGCGGCGCCCUGAUGACGUGCGCGCUGGUUGCCUGGGUGUUGCUAGGAGCGGCCGCUGGUUAUGUCAGCGCGCGUAUCUACAAGAGCUUCGGCGGAAGGCGGUGGAAGAGCAACAUUUUGUUGACCUCGAUGGUGUGCCCUGGUGUGGUGUUCUCUCUGUUCUUCAUAAUGAACCUGGUUCUCUGGGGCAAGGGCUCAUCGGCUGCGAUUCCAUUCUCGACCCUACUAGCGCUACUGGCUCUGUGGUUCGGAGUUUCUGUGCCGCUAACUUUCAUUGGAGCUUACUUCGGCUUUAGGAAGAGGAUCCUGGACCACCCCGUGCGUACGAACCAGAUCCCACGACAGAUCCCGGAGCAGUCUCUCUACACGCAAGCAGUGCCCGGCGUCGUUAUGGGCGGUGUUCUACCGUUCGGGUGCAUCUUCAUACAGCUGUUUUUCAUCCUCAACUCUCUCUGGUCCAGCCAGAUGUACUACAUGUUCGGCUUCCUGUUCCUCGUGUUCGUGAUCCUGGUGAUCACGUGCUCGGAGACCACCAUCCUGCUGUGCUACUUCCACCUCUGCGCCGAGGACUACCACUGGUGGUGGCGCGCCUUCUUAUCCUCAGGCUCGACGGCCGCUUACCUCUUCGUCUACUGCUGUCAUUACUUCGUCACCAAACUGAACAUAGAAGACGCCGCAUCGACCUUCCUAUACUUCGGUUACACGCUCAUCAUGGUAUUCCUAUUUUUCCUUUUAACGGGCACUAUAGGGUUCAUGGCUUGCUUAUGGUUCGUGAGGAAGAUUUACAGUGUAGUUAAGGUAGAUUAGAUGGACUUUGUAUUCUCGUGUCUUAGACGUUUGGGACGUGUAAGGAUUUUUAUUCAUCAGUGUAUAGUUGGAUUUACGGAUGUGCUAGUUGCGCAGUUUCAAAUUUGAAAAGUGAUCGGAAAAAUUUGGA